UCUGCUUUCACUCCGCGGCACUGAUUCAGACAUGCAAAACAUGCAAUAGAUCAGGGUCUCUGUCGGGACACUUAGACACGGUAGUCGGUACCCAUUCAGAGUGUCUGCAUCGUUAUUAUUUCACACGGUCUUCAGAGUUUAAAAAAAAAAUGCACUGGUAAGGAGGCACCUGCAGCCUGAUGGACCCAAGAUGUGUCAAAACAGAGCGGAGGACUGCGUUUUCUUCAUCACAAUAAUUGUUGGGAGUGAACAGAACAACAGAGAUUUGGAAAUAUGUUGAUAAAGAUGUCUUCUUUGUCCUGUGAAAUGGAGAAUCUGAAGUGAUGGAGAACAGAGAGGAGAGCCCUGUGGAAGAGCAGGCCCAGACACUGCAAGAGCGAGGAAUUCUCUACAUCUGGCAGUCAGCGGGCCCCGCUCUGCAGCUGUGUCCAGAGAGAGUGCUUCUAUCCAGGCCUGUCCUGCAGGCUGCCCUUGGAGAACAUCAUGGACUCCUGCUUACACAAGGUGGUCUGGUGUAUUCUUUUGGUGAGCUGUUUUGGAGGGAUCUAAGUGUACCAGUGACUGCUCCUGUGCUGGAGGUCUCAUUGCUGGGAAAGACAAUGGUCCGUGUGGCUGCUGGUGGCUUCCAUUGCGGAGCCUUAAGUGACCAGGGCAACAUCUAUAUGUGGGGGGAGAACACUGCAGGACAGUGUGGCCUGACUAAGAGUUGUGCAGCAUCAGAGAACACAUCAAACAUCACAGUUUCAGAGCCUUGCCAUGUCCCUGUGGUGGAUAGUGAGGUCAUUCCUCCAGCUGUGGUUAAGGUGGUGGAUCUGGCCUUUGGACGGGAGCACAGUCUUGCUCUGUCAGCUCAGAAUGAGCUGUGGGCGUGGGGAAGUGGCUGCCAGCUUGGCCUGGUCACCAGUACUUUCCCUGUAUGGAAACCACAGAAGGUGGAGCACUUGGCAGGCAGACAUGUACUUCAGGUGGCUUGUGGAGCAUACCACAGCCUGGCCCUGGUUCGUAGUUUAACUCCAAAGAACUACAACACCCUGAAUCCUGAGAAAGGGGAGCAGGGCCAGUCAACUCAGUCCUUUGUGACAGAGAGGGACGAGUUAUUGGCAGCUGACACUAGUCACUACUGUCCCCUGGGGGUGGAGCUGUCAGGCGAGACCCCUCCAAGGAGAAGCAGCCCCAGACUUAAGCCUCAACAUGGUGCAAGGACAGCUAGCAGUAGCCCUUACAGCCAGCUUAAGCCCCAUGAGCACUUUGACCCUCUCACUGAAGUAGACGGCAGCCGCUUGUCUAGCUCCCUGCCAGUCUGGAGCGGGAAUAAGGACACCUCUCUCCUUGAAGGAAUGGAGCUCCAGAAAAACUCAAGUUACUCAUGGGACCACAUUACAGGGCCAGGAGACACCGACUCACUGAGCAGUUACACUUCAGAUGACAGCUGUGUUUCUUCAACUCCAUCCACUGAUCUAUUGACUUCCAGUUUCAAAGAAGACCUACAAGUUAAAAGCCAAACCAACAGCAGCAGUUCCAUACCGUACUCCUCCUCACCAGUGUGUUUGGAAGAAGUUCGCCUUUUUCUUGCUGGAGAGAAGCAGGGACUGCAGGGGCAGAAGAGCUCAAGUCUCACGAAUAUCAAUCAGAAGGGGAAGGCUGCAAGCAGAAGACGCUCCCUGCCUGGAAUACCCACUCGUGGGUCUCCAAGACGACACAGGCCUUGUGCCUGCAUACCAUCCUCUGUUUGUCGGUGCCAGGCUGCAGCUCCGGAGGAUGCUGGAGACGGGCUUCCAUCUCUGGAGACUGAAGUGUGGAGCUGGGGCCGCGGGUCUGAGGGGCAACUGGGCCACGGAGAUCAACUUGCCAGACUCCAGCCUUUAUGUGUCAAGUCUAUGAUUGGUGAGGAGGUAAUCAAAGUGGCUGCUGGCUCACACCAUUCCUUGGCUCUCACUGCUCACUGUCAGGUGUACUCAUGGGGCAGCAACAUGUGUGGACAGCUCGGUCAUGUCAACAGUCCUGUCACUGUUCCUCAACUCACUAAGCUGUCUGAUGGUCUUCGAGUUUGGGACAUAUCAGCUGGUCAGAGUCACUCCCUCCUCUUGGCUGAUGGAGACUGUGUCCAGCCUGUCCUGUUGUACUGCGGUCAGCAGCUUCUCUCAGUGCAGCAGGAGAUGUCCCACAAAGGUCAAAGGUCAUGCCAGAGGUCACCCAACAAGGCAGAGAAUUACACCGUCAGACCCACCCUGUUGCCCUUUUGCAUGGAGAUGGGUUACAUUGGCAGUGUGUGUUGUGGUGGUCCAAGCUGUGCAGCGUUGGCAGACCAGAACGUGAUGGGUUUUAUUUCAGCCAUCCAUGAGCUAGCCUCCAGAGAGAGACAGUUCUUCUGCUGGUUGAGCAACACCAGGAAGCUCCUCCUCACACCACUACGCAACAGAGAGAGUGUCAUUCCAUCGCUAAGUGAGCCAUGCACUCAUCUCUUCUUCUCUCUCUGUGAGAGUUUCAUUCGUCUGAGCGUCCUGAUCGCCCGCCAUUCAACAUCACUCAGCUACUUCCUACAUAAUGUGCAAAGACAGGAUGUCACUUCUCUUCUUCUGCUGACACACACCGAGCACUUUGUGGACAUUUAUAAAGAGUACUGUUCUUCAGUCGGGGACUUCCAGGUGAUGGGUGGAUUCCACUCACUACAAAAACUCUCUCGUGAGUGUUUAGGCUCUCAGCAGACCAUGCUGGCUCAGCUGUGUGUAUCAGACCAGUCCGUCAGCGGGGAUGUUGAUCUGGUUUCACUGUUAUACUGGCCUCUGCAGCAGCUCCACCACUACAACCGAGUUCUGCUCAAACUGGCAGCUUGUUAUGAUGUGUUAACUGUUGAGUAUCAGUCCCUCCAUCAGGGCUGUAGUCAGUAUGAAUCCCUGUCUUUGUCACUGACCCGGAGGAAAAAAGAGGCUGAAGUCACCCUCCUCUUCUGGAAGAGCCAUCCAGGAAAAACUACUGAGGUUCUGCGUCUCCCAAAACGUCGUGUGGUGUGUGAGAGCAGCAACAGAUCCCUGACUCUGCAGAAUGCUGGGCGGUUCUCUAACCACUGGUUCAUGCUGUUCAAUGACGCUCUGGUGCACACACAGGGUGCCAUUCCCUCACAGAGCCUUUUCUCCACACAUCACGUCUAUCCUCUGACCUGUCUGUGGGUGAAACCGGUCACAGACGACAGCAGUGGACUCUAUGCGAUCAAAAUCACAUGUCCAGAGGAGAGUUUCACCCUGGUAGCCUCGACACCUCAGGAGAAGAACAAGUGGCUGCGAUCUCUGAACCAGGCGAUGGAUCAGGUGGUAGGCGGUGGAGGUCAGGGGUCAUCACCAGGGUUGACAGCAAUGUCUCGUACGGCCUCCUACGUGUUCACUGGAGAGGGAUGGUUUAAAGAUGCUCAGUAUACCGGGGCCUGGCUGGCAGGACGAGUGCAUGGAAGAGGUACCAUGAAGUGGCCAGAUGGACGGGUCUAUAGUGGGAACUUCAAGAAUGGACAAGAGGAUGGCUUUGGACAUUAUAUUAUACCCAACAAAGUGCUGAAUAAGCCAGACAUCUACCAAGGAAACUGGAAAGAUGGCAAGAUCCAUGGCUUCGGCAAGUACAAGUACGCCAGUGGUGAAGUGUAUGAGGGCUGUUUCUGUGAAGGGCAGCGACACGGUUACGGGAUGCUGAAUUCGGGGAGGCUGAGCAAGACGUCUUCGGGCGUUUUUAUUGGCCAGUGGCUCCACGGCAAGAAGACAGGCUAUGGCGUCUAUGAUGACAUCACAAGAGGUGAGAAGUACAUGGGUCUGUGGUUGGACGAGCAGCGGCAUGGCAGCGCUGUGGUGGUCACCCAGUACGGUGUUUACUUUGAGGGGACCUUCAGAGAAAACAAGAUGAGCGGCCAAGGUCUGUUGGUGUCAGAUGAUGACACAGCUCUCCAUGGGGAGUUCUCUGAUGACUGGACUGUCAAUGGGAAGGGUGUUUUAUCUCUUGCUAAUGGUGACAACCUGGAUGGCCUGUUCAGUGGAGAGUGGACCACAGGUCUGAAGGUGGUUGGAACGUACACCAAACCAGCCAACGAAGAGCCUGAAACUAGAGAGAGAAGCCGCAUGCUCAGGCUGGGUCAGUAUGUGGUGGCCGCAGAGCAGCGGUGGGUCUGCGUGUUCGAUGAAUGUUGGCGUCGGCUCGGCUGUGAUGCUGCUGGGAGAGGAGAGAGGUCUACAGCCUGGGAGAACAUUGCUGUUACCAUAUCAACUGCACGAAGACAGAGCCCAAAACUCAGCAGGUCUCAGAGCAAAGUAUUGGAGUCUUUGGAGUUUAUUCCUCAGUAUGGAGAACAGUUCACUAUGGCCAACUAUGACAACAUACGAAGAUACCUCCUCAAGGCAUGUGAAACCCCUCACCACCCCCUGGGCUGGCUGGUGGAGACGUUGGUUACUGUUUUUAGGAUGACUUACAUUGGAGUGGGUUCCAACCGCAGGCUGCUCAGACAAGCUGUCCACGAAGUUCAGGCCUUCCUUACACAUUUCUACGCCAUUGUGAGGUUUUUAUUUCCUGGGUUACCUGCUGACGGCUGUGCCAUCCCAGGAUCCCUUGCCUCUCUAUCUGAAAGCAGACACAACUCAAGCUUUGAAGAGCAAUGCGGUGUUUUGGUGGUGAGCUGCUCCUCUUUGCUCCUCCCUCUGCUGCUCCCUCAGCUCUACCCCCCUCUCUUUACCCUUUACUCCCUUCAGGAGGAGCAGGAGGAGGCCCGAUACUGGGAGCGCAUCCUCAGACUCAACAAACAGCCUGACCAGUCCCUGCUCAGCUUCCUGGGUGUGCAAAAGAAGUUCUGGCCUGUCUCGAUAUCAAUUCUGGGAGAGAAAAUACAGAUUGUGUCCAGCAGUAAAGAUGCCUGCUUUGUUUCAGCUAUAGAGACACUCCAACAAAUCAGCACCACGUUCACUCCGUCAGACAAACUCCUCGUCAUCAAGAACACAUUUGAAGAGUUGACCCAGGAAAUAAAACCUAUGUUGGAAGACAACUUCCUGUGGUGCAUGGAUGACCUGCUGCCCCUCUUCCUCUAUGUAGUGCUCAGGGCUAGGGUUAAGAACCUGGGAGCCGAGGUCAGUCUGAUAGACGACUUGAUGGACUCCAACGUUCAGCACGGAGAGCUGGGAAUGAUGUUCACCACACUGAGGGCCUGCUACAUCCAGAUUCAGCAGGAGUCGACUACAUAAGAGCAGCCAGGGAGACUCAACACUGUCAACAACAAAAAAAAAAAAAAGGCAUCAGCACUUCCAGGAAC